CAUAAUAGCGGAGUUGUUCCUUCUCACACUUGUGAUAGCCCUUACAAAACUGGCAAAUCUUGCGCUAAAAGCUGGGCGAAGUUGGUUCGGUAAAAUGACAGUGGUCAUACCUCCCCGUGUUCUUGCUAUAUAUUCUUUAUGCUAGAUUCUGGCGAUUAUAACAAAGCAAGGGAGCUCUACGAACAGUGUGGCAAGUAUUCUGGACAGUGCGCUAUUGAGGUUGCAGAAGCAAAAAGGCUGGCAGUCCUUACUGCAGCUUAUAAAGGAGAACUUGUGCGUAUGUACCCUGAUCAAAUGACGUGAUUGGCUCUUUGAUGGCCCGGACAAUUUCAGGAAUUUGUCGCCUCGGAGUCUGCCGUAGCAUUCAUGCUCAUGCAUAAUGUUACGAAUACGGAAGCCAAGGCGUACCUUGGUACUGGGGAGCUAGAAGAAGUUGCGCAAAUCUGUCUGAACUGUGCACGCAGGGCCACAAAAUCUGCUGAUGCAGUACAAUGGUGCAGAACUGGGAUAGACUUGUUAGAUGAAUCUAAAAAUCAAACGUCGGCAAAUGGAUGCGCGCUCAAGACAGAGAUCCUCCUCUUUUUGGCUGCAUCGUACAUGGACAUGAACGCAUUAGAGGCGGCUGAACAGUCUGCCGAUCUGAUUCUACAAGCAUCCCCUAGUACGCUUCUUGGAUAUCACCUGAAGAUUAAAUGUCUUACCCUGAAAAAUCCUCCGCAGCAACUUGCAAUGGAUAAAGUAUACAAAUUGGCAGUCGAACACUGUGCUAGUACCGUAAAGGACCCGGAGCAGUUCAAACUGUUUCUGGGAAUGCUUCAUAUCAUGGCAAGGCACACAAGCCCAACUGUGGCCGCGGCGGCUGUUGACGUACUCCUGCACAGGCUUGAAGAAUCAGCAGUCUCGUUGGAGGACCGUCAGGUGGAGAGGUUGCGUAUCCUUAAGAUGUACCUGUUAAUGACUGCAACCAAUGUGGACGAUGAGGUCACCGCGCAAGUAGAAAAUCUGAUAGACAAAGUUGUGGAUACAGACACGAAUGUUCCAUUAGCAAAAACUUAUCGAUUGAUUUUAUGGCAAGCGGCGGAUAGGGCCGCUCAGGAAGGUCAUUGGGCGGAUGCCAUUAAGUGGUUCAAAUGCAGCACCCGACUUCUACUUGAUGACCCAAUGGACUCACGCAAUACUGCUCUCGUGCAUCGAAAACUUUCUAUAUGCUACCUAGAGCUUGGACAGCACAGUCAAGCUUACGAUUGCUGUCUACAAGCCGCCGCUAAGGAGAAUUCACCCACCAACGACUUUCUCAGUUACAUCAUAUUGCUGGAGCAAUCCAAUCAAGAGCGAGCACUAGAUCACCUUAAGAGCAUACCUUGUGGGAAGGAUACAUUUCAAUACUUUGUCAGUGCCGCACAAGCGGCGUUCAAGAAAGGCAACAAGCAAGUUAUUCAAGAAGUCUUGAAGCACAUCGUCCUCUCGCCAAUGGACUGGACUGCCAAUGACAACGGAGCAAAUUUGCUGACCGUCUUACGGUGCCUAAUACGGUUGACAAAGGCACAAGUCCGCUCAGGGGAUGAGGCAGCAAUCUUCGCUGACCUGGUAAUUUUCAUCAAGAAAGGUUGGGAACCAAAAAUCAGUGCCAUCUGCCGCCCCGUCUACACUUCUAAAUAUUGUUGUCCCCAAGCUUAUUGUCUGCUGGAAGGCUGGAAAGCCUCGAGUUCACUAUCAGCGGAAGCAUACGCUGCAGAGGUGGACUGGCUAUGCCGUGUCGCUUGGAAUUGCGCUCUCUCCAGCGCAGUGGCAAACCAAAUUGAGCUAGCUUGUGAAUUGUACCAUCUGACGGCGGACAUAUUGAGCCUAUCAGAGGAGGAAACAGUACAAGUUUUGCAGAGCCGCAAGAUCUGCCUUUUUGCCACCGCUGCUGGCAACGUCUCACUUGCCCGGCAAUCGUCGGUGCAGAGCGUGGAACAUCUAAGGAAGGCCAUGACAGCCUUGAAGACAAUGAGAGAGAUUUGCAAACGUAUUCAGGGCAAUGCAGUCACCGUACCUAAACUGGACGAUCCCGUCCUUCAUCAAAGUAUCUACCUCGAGUUUGAGAUUAACGUGAGAAUGGAGGCAUGGUCGGAGCUUGAACCUGUACUUGAAUAUGCGAAUUCUGUAGGAGCACCCGUUCAAAUUUUCGAACGGUUGGCAGGUAGGCAGCCCAAAUUGGUGCCCGCGUUAUCCUCCUGCGAGAGACUGCCUGUGACACUGUACAUAGAUAUCGUUACUCGACAGAAAUGUCCAAGCGCAGUUAUAUUUCUUACAAUCCAGGCUGCGUUAAAUGCAAUUUUGAAGCAUGAUCCAGGAUUUGACGUGAAGAGAUUCAGCCAAUGGUUUCGCGUUCUCGUUCGCACAUCGUUGGUAUCGAAUAAAACCGCAGCCAUGGGCCUGUACGACCAAGUUCUCGCAAUUCUGAAGUCAAGCUCACAAGAAAACCCAUAUCCUAAAGAAGAAGUAGAGUGGUUGAUGGUUGCAGCUUGGAAUAUCGGUUGCGAACACUGGAGCUUGAACGAACAAGCUAAUGCAAAAAAAUGGUGUGAAAUGGCCAUGACUUUGGCGGACUACGUCGAGACGUCUCCACUAACCAAAGAGAUGCGUGAAAGCUAUUCAGAUUUUCUUGCCUCCGAUUAA